AAUCGCGUGGCGUAGCCAAGCAACGCGCGUGCCAUGACCGCCGCCGCCGCCGCCGAUAGUCUCCGUCGAAACGGUACUAAGAACGGACUGGGGAGAUUCGCCCCGGACGCCCGAUGCGAACAACGGGACCGUCGUCGUCGUCGUCGUCGUUGACGUGCGUGCCCGGCUUCACCGUGCGCGACGUCGUCCACCGUCGCCGUCGCGGUGGUCUCUAGAUGCGAAAGGACGGACGGAUGGAUGCCGGCCAGGAUUAUCAUCGAUCGCCAGGAAAAACGGUACCGCAGGUGCUCAGUGGACGAGCACGCGAUCGACCAGACCAGUCGGACCCCGUUGUUGUACAUUGAGAAAAAGAUCGCACAGAUUUGAUAACGAUUCGGUACGAAAUCCUGACAGCUAUCGGCCAAGAUCGGUUCGGAGUAACAAUGACACGCGCGUCUCACGCGCGAGCAAACCUGCCGACGGGUGUCCGUGAAGCCGAGCGGUCGGUCGGGGGAGAGCCCCGGCUCUACGUUUGAAGUGCGAUUAGACUACGAGGCUUCCCCCCGAGCGAUCCAACCGAUCGUAACGCGAAAUCGAUCGUGCUCGGGGGGGAGGGGGAGGCAUGUAUUCGGUGGACUUUUCCAACGAGAAGUGUCUGCGGAAACGAUAGAUUCCUUUUCAAGACCAACGCUGAUCAACGGUCAGCAAUCUCAGAACUGGGACACGGACGAUCGAGAUCCUUUUGAGUUUCGUUGGCGAUAACGAUUGGUAAUAGCACGUACGACAUAUUAUUACCGUCGAUCUCGAACCACGAGAUCACUCUGGCAAGCCUAAUAAGCCGAGGCAACCGAGCUGUAGCACUCUGAGAAGCCGAGAAAGAAGAAAGGGAAAUAAUUAAUUUCCCAGCGGCACUAAUUAGCCGCGUUCCGAUGCCUAUUUGCCUAAAAAUUGAGAGGGGACGCGAUUAGGAUCGGCUUUGACUGACAGGACGACGAGGACAGGAUAAUGCAGAAGAUAGCGGUGAUGACCGCGACGCAGAAGGCCCACGGCCAUCAUAACGGCAGCAGCAGCAACGCUUACGGGGAUGCAAGUAACGCCUCGUCUGACUAUAACGGCUCCUCCUCGACGACCGGUGGCAAGAGUGGCGGCCGCCUCGAUACGAAUCUGUAUGGCAACGUUAACAUCCUUCUUGGCGGCGGUGUGAUCAUGAUGGUGGUGCUCAUAUGCUACUGCUGUCACAAAAACGUCCGGAAGCAUCGACCGCAGGAGUAUUCGCAGUACUGGAGAGCCGAACCGGACAUUCACAGUCUGGAAGUCUUCACCAUGGACACGCAUUGCAUCGAGAGAUUGGCAAUAUCUCAGGCCCACCAGGAAGAGGGAGUGCCCACGUCACUUCCGCCGUGUCCCGUGACUUCGGGCCCGCCGCCGGCCUACGAGAGCCUCAUCUUCGACCCUCGGGCACUGCCCUCGCCGACCGACAAGAAGGACGAGUCUGACGAUCCCGGCAGUAUUAUCCCGCCCCCGAUAAGCAACUUGCCCACCGAGUCGGAAGCCAACAGGAUCAACAAGCGGGAGGAUAUCCCGAGGGACGAUCAGGAUUUACCUUCCUACGAAGCUGCCCUAAAAUUAGAAGCUGAUGGCUAUGUUUAAAGGACGGAUAAAGACCGCCAGAAGUACUUCGAUCGCGAAUCUUCAUUCAUGAAAAUUUUCAAUUUCUCUCCUAGAUAAAAUCUGAGCUGAGCCCUUGAAUAUAUCCGGGCAAAAUUUUUAUAAUCAACGGUGACAGAGUCGACUCUCUAUGAGCGAUAGCUGUCACCAGCUGAAGUUAAGUCUCGCAAAAGUGACUAUGAAGAGUCGUCGCGCGUUUCGAAUAGCGCGAAGAAUUGAGAUUGUUUUUUAAUCGAGGAAAUAAAAGAAAAAAGAGAUAAACAGCCAAAAAACUUUUCUAUAUAGAUUUGUCAAUCAAAGACGAGAUUUAAAAGAAAUUUUUUAUGUAAAUUUUUGAAAAUUAAGAACUAUUUUUCUCUGCGCUUGAAUUAAGACACAUAAACGGAACACGUAUAUAAUUUUAAAGAGAUAAGGAGAAAAAAAAUUUUAAACGAGGUUUAAUUUUGGUGUUAAGAAGAAAAGCUAAGAAGAAGACAUUGCGUGUAAUAUUAGGAGAUAUUCUAAAAAUUUUGGAAUAUUAUUUCACUCUUGCCUUGUUAAAAGAUUCCAAGUAAUUCUUAAUACUAGAAUGAUAUAAUAAGAAGCUACAAAAAAUUAAGUGCCUGAACAUACAUCCUUUUUCGAAACGUGUGUAAACGGAAGACAAGAUGAAAGAAAAGCUAUGGAGCAAUUUUUUGAAAGCACAUAUUGCUUUUCUUGCCAUCUUGUCUAAACAAAACGACACGUGUAAAAUCUUCGAGAGAGAGACUUUUCAUCGACAAAAUGUAAUAAGCAAAUUUUCAGAAGAUAUAAUACCUCGACUUUUCUAUUUUUUUCAAUGAUCUCUAUGAUUAAAUACGUCUGCAGUAAUAUUAUGUUAAAUAUAAAAGAGAGUGCGGUAAGAAAAGAAUUUUCUCUUAUAGGUUACCCUCAAAAUCAUGGUAAUCAUCAUGAGACAACAAGGAAUUUUACUAUAAUUUUACUAAAAUUUAAUGAAAACGUGGUAAAAUUCUUCGACGUUUAUGUUAUCCCACGAUUAUCAUAAUUUUAAGAAUAAGUUCUAAAAGAAAAUUCUGUCUAGAAAUAUAAUAUGUAUAUAUGUGUAUGUACAUAUGUAUGUUCAUACACACGCAUACGUAUAUAUACAUAUACAGAUUUUAAAUAUAGAAUGCGCCGAAAUGUAGCACAGCUAGGUUAAUUCAGUAUGAAAAAAAAAGAAAAAAACAGUACGAUAACGCAGUUACAGGCAAUGAACAGAAAGACCCAAUUUCCCAGGUAAUUAUAUUUUAUAGAUGUUAAGAAACGGAAUACUUGACGGUAUAUUUUUCUCGGUCGGUCAUUAGUUUAAGAGAGCAAGAACGGACGUAAGAGCGAACAAGCGGCACCGUUAAAUUACAGUUUCCGUUUGAAUAAACAAUGCGCAUCGCUAUAACGUAAAGGACUUACUUCGCGUAAUGGGCGCACGACAUUUCGCAAAAUUUAUGCGCGUUUUCGCUAGGAAAACGCUUCAAAACGCUACCAUUUUACGUAGAACUCUCCUCUGUACGAUUGAUAAAUAUGUAAAUAAAUAGCUGUGCAUUCAAUAUACAUUUUUAAGCGUGCACCGGCAACAGCCGCAAUGACGAUUUAUCGUUACGUCGACCGCAUGAAUAUUAAACAGUAAGUAUUAUCGAUGAAAUUGUGCCUGAAACUCGAAAGCAGAUACAUCAAUUUGAUUCAGUUGCAAAUAUGUACGAUUUUACACUCGAUGAAUGCGCGAGUAAGAACUUUUUCCACCAAUCACGAUUGUACAUGUAUAUAGAAAAAUAUCAGUUCUAUUGCUAAGAAAAA